AUGAAACUCCUCUGUUUGCUCGCCCUCUUCUGUCUAGCAUUUUCUUGCGUGGACGCUAUACCGCUCACACUACUCGGACGUUCAUACAACGCCAAAAUAACAUCUCUAGGAGGAGUCAAACGCGAAAUCAUACCUCGCUUGGACCGUGCUGCGCGUUUUCAAAGUCGUAUUGCCGGUCGUAGAGCACGACGCGCUAUCACUAUUCCAUCACUUCAUUUGCGGAGUAACAUCGCAGGAGACACGUCCACGGAGUCGAUAGCGAAUGAACGCAGGAACCAACCACAGGAAUGGCUGUCCCAUAGUGGCCCAGCGCCCCCAGCGGCAGCAGCACCUCCACGACCUCCACAACCUACCCAACCUACACUGUCUCCAUCCCCGAUUUUGCGCUCUCCUACGCCUGGUGCGACCACCGCGCCCACGGUCAUUCAGGCACCGAAGAAGAGUGGUUCACUGACUCGACUUCAUAAAUCAACGUCUAAAAAGGAGGAAAGAAAAUAUGGGCACAGCGGACGCGCCAUUGGUAAUUUUUCGACUUGA